AUGGGUACAUUCAACCAUCCAGAUCCACUACGUGAGGAAUACUUGGAGCUCCAAGAGAAAUAUGCCCGGCUUCAGCAGCAGUGUGCGGUAUUGCAAGCUAGGAUUGAGCCUGACGGAAGUCCAGAUACCGGCUGUUUUGCCGGUCAACUGUUCGAUACCAUGAGGAAUCUCUUCGAACAUCAUAACUUCAGUGAUAUCGUUAUACGUCUCGAUGAAGACGAAUUGAAAUGCCAUAAAUUCUUGUUGACAAUGCGGAGCAAAUACUGGAAUGAUCUAGAGAAUAGAGACUUCAUUGAAUUGCCAGGUGUUACUUUCAAAGCCUUCCAUGUGGUGUACCGGUGGAUGUAUACGGAUUGUCUGCCACGCAACGCUGCACUGUUCGAGACGAGUCUUGUCCAAGAGGUCUGUGAAGUUGCGUUUCGAUUUCAUUUUGGAGCGCUACAGUCGAGAUGUGUUCAGUUGUUGAAAACUCGAGUAGAUUCUGAAAACUGUGUCUCUUUGUUUGGAUUCGCUGAUAUGGAAGACAUUGUGGAGCUGCGCGACUAUUGUUCUGCUGUUGUUGCUGCUCACUGGAAGGACUUCAAGCCCGAGAAAUUCGCUCAGCUGUCGGCCGUGUCACUUCUUCGACUGCUGAAAAAGUGGGACUAA